ACAUUACUACUGACACAAAUUACUUUGAAACUCUUUGGAUAGAUAUACUUUGUGUUGCGCGCUAAAUAAAUUUGUAUUUUAUUAAUUGUUGUCGCGUAUUACUUUUAUUUUUGUUUUGGUUUAUUUCCAUUCACGUACGAUUUCGUAAAGGACAACAUUUUUAUUGUUAUUGUAAUUUGUAUUCUGUUUAUUUUUAUUUCUUUUUGUUUGUAUAUUGUUGUUUAAAACAUGAGUGAAUUUGAAGGUACUGGUUUUUAUGAACAAAGUAAGAAGGCUAUGGAAGAAUUUGCAGAUAUAUUUGAAAAAUCUACAAGCGCACCAGGAGCUACUCCUCUACCAGCACAUGAUGCAGCUGGUAUAGCAACUGUCGCAGUAUUAGUUGUUGGAAUUCUUUUUGCAAUUGUUGGUUUAUUUGGAAUGGCGAUAUUUAUCGAUUGUAGACAUCAAACUUUAAAUCGAGACGGUGAGCCAAGGCGAAGUUUACGUUUAAGAAUACCCAAAUUUUUACGAAGAAAUGUAGAUAAUGAUACGGAUUCAAUAGCUAAUCAAAUGGAUAAUGAAAAUGCAUCAACAACACCAGCUGCAAUUGUAAUUACUUCUCCCACAGCGGAUAUAAACUAGUCAUGAAUAUGAGAUUAUAUCAUCUAGUAUUUAAUUAACGUUUAAUUAAUUAUAUUAUUGAUAAAAUUUUGAGAGUGAAAAUCAAUUACUCUCAGCAAUGAAGCUGAAAAUGAAGUAAGUAAAUAAGAGAAUUUCCUGGAUGAAGAAAAUAAAAGCGCCAUACACUUAAACACCAAACAAGCACUUGAAGAACUAAAGAAGUAGUUCAAAUUAGAAAAUUAAUUUUCGUAUUAUUUAAUAAGUAGGUGAUUGAAAUUUAUGUAUACAACCUUACCAACUCUGUUGGCAUUUUGUAAUGAAAAAGAGAAGGGUGAGCUUAAUUGACUAGAAAAAUUGCUACAUUAUCAAACAUUGAAUGAACAAAAAUAAUUUUGGGAAUGAUCAACUACUUCAUUUUGAAAAUUGCUCAUCCAUAAUAUAAUAUAGGCCACAAUUAAACUAAAUCAUAAU